UAACAGAUAAAGUGGGGCAUUGGAGCUAAGUACUAAGAUGUACAACGUCUUUCCCUUAUCAAUGCUUCGGUGAGAUAACCCGAACAAUUUACUUCCAUCGUGUCACAGAUUGACCAAAGAUGUGGACACAACUCGUCCUGGGGGUAAUGCUGAGUACGACCGCUUGGUCCGUCCCGAACCCAACUAUUAGAUAUGAUGGGCACGAAGUACUCCAGAUCUUGCCCAAAACAAUCGAAGAUGUGCACGAGCUGCUCUCUUUGGCUAAAAAAUACCACCUUGACAUUUGGAAGUCUCCUCGCUAUCUCAAUGAGACUUUUGACGUCAGAGUGGACCCUGAACAGAUCACAGACUUUGUCAAUGACAUCGAGGCUCUAGGUCUCAAGGCCAACCACUGGAUCACGGACGUUCAAAAACUUAUUGACGAAAUUUCCACUGGUCGCGAUCGCCGAGCAACUUUCAGUAUCGGUGCUUUCAACGACCACGCUUCCAUCAAUGCCUACCUCGACUCGCUGGCUUCUGCCAAUCCUCACGUGACUGUACACACCAUGGGAAAUUCUUACGAGGGCAGAGCUAUCAAAUACGUAAAGAUCAGCAACAACCUCGGCGUCAACAAGAAGGCCAUAUACGCUGAUGGGGGAAUCCACGCCAGGGAAUGGCUGGCAGUUACCACAGUCCUCUACUUUAUUGAUCAGAUUGCCAACAAUCCCAGUCGAGACAGAACAAUCGACGCUCUCCUCGGAAAGUUCGAUUUCUACUUUGCUCCUGUGGUAAACCCCGAUGGUUACGAAUACAGUCGAAGCCACGACAGAAUGUGGAGAAAGAACAGACGGCCCGUAAUCAGUGGCUGCAAUGGUGUAGACCUCAACAGGAACUUUGCUUAUCACUGGAACCCUGACAAUGGCGGAAGUCGUAAUCCUUGUGAAGAGGUCCACGCAGGAACUCACGCCACGUCAGAAAUAGAGACCAAACAUAUUCAGAACUUCCUGUGCAGCCAUAGCAACCUGAUCGCCUACCUGAACGUGCACACAUACGGACAAUACUGGAUCUAUCCCUGGGGCUACACCCCAAUCUUACCCGCCGAUUACAGGGACUUGGAUCAUCUGGGCCGAUCGGCAGCAACUGCAAUUCGUCACACACACGGGAGGACAUUUACUGUAGGGGAGGACACCCGAGUUCUUUAUGCUGCAGCCGGAGGAGCUGACGAUUAUGCCAAGGGCGCAUGCGGAGUAAAGUAUUCCUACACUGUGGAGCUAAGAGACACCGGCCUACACGGAUUCGUGGCCCCUACCUCCUACAUCAUCCCCGCCGGAGAGGAAACUUUUGCCGGCUUCAAAGCGUUCGCAACAGAGCUUGUACACUAUGAACAUUUGUAAAAAAAAAAAAAGUGAUUAAAAAGGGAAUAUUUUUAAUGUGUUAGG